AUGCACGAGCAAAAUAACCUUUUCCUUCCGAUAUUUUGGGGAAUCUUUGCCUCCCGCGUCGUCAUUUUCUUCCUGUUGGUCCAGUAUUUCCACUGUCGUCGCCGUCAAGCCAACCACAACCGAGUGGAGGAGGUAGAAAUGCAACGGGCGGUUAAUGGUGCGGUUGAUCCUGAUUUACUGUCGAAGGUCAUUUACCACCGUGGCGGCUCCGAUAUACCCUUCCAACAGGACACGUGUACGUUGUGCCUGUGCAACUAUGAGACGGGGACGAGCUUACUUUGCUUAGCUCUUGCGGCCAUGCCUACCACAACGGCUGAAUCUAUUGUCCGCACUGUUGUUCAGGAUGCAAUUCACGUGGGUCCCCGGAAUGCAUCCAUUUUAUUAAGGCUCCAGUUUCAUGACUGCUUUGUUGAGGGUUGUGAUGGGUCAAUUCUGAUCCGCAAUGGCUUAAAAGCCGAAAUAAACGCACCUGGUCACGCCGGUGUUGGGGGCUUUGAAGUGAUCGCCAAAGCCAAACAAGAGCUCGAAACCGUUUGCAAGGGAGUGGUUUCUUGCGCAGACAUAGUGGUGUUGGCAGCCAGAGAUGCGCUGUUCUUUAAAAAUGUGCCAUUUUAUGAGGUGCCAACUGGCCGGAGAGAUGGUCGGGUUUCAAAUAUGUCUCAUGCGGCGGACAUGCCCGAGCCUGAUGACUCAGUUGAGCUUCAGAAAUCUAAGUUCAUGCAGAAGGGACUUUCCCGUGAAGAUCUUGUCCUUCUCAGUGCUGGGGCACAUACAAUAGGGACUGUUGUAUGUGGUGUGAUGCAAAAUAAACUAUAUAAUUUCAGCAUGGAUGGCACAUUUGACCCGGAUAUAAACCCUCACUUUCUGCCCAAACUCAAAGCCUUGUGUCCACGUGGAGACUUCAAUGACCGGAUACCUCUCCAUCCUGUCACCAACUCCACCUUUGACGAUCAAAGCCUAAGGAACACCCAGGACGGGUUUUCUGUGCUAGCAUCUGAUGCGAUCGAGUCUUACCCGGCCCGUGGCCCGUCUUUUGUGCCAGAUUUUACCACGGCAAUGGUGAAGACGAGUAGAAUUGGGGUGAAGACUGGAAAUGAGGGAGAGAUAAGGCGUGUUUGUAGCCACUUUAAUUAA